AUGUCUGAGCCGAGAUCUGCUAAUGCGGAAGAGGUUUACAAUGCUGCCAAUACAUUGAGCAAAUUUAAAAAUCGGAAGAAGAGGAAGUUGGAUGAUAUUGAGUAUUUUGACAAGACACUCACAUCACCUCGGAACUUUUGCUAUUCCAUGAAUAACGGCAAAUUUCCAAGUUCGAAAAAAGCUAAGACUGCUCCUUCAUCUCCAAUUACAUAUCCACCUUUAAGAGGUUAUCAUUCUCCUUUGACACCGAAAUUACGGUUACCUGAAUUACCUUUAACACCUCCUUCAACAACAGCUAAUAGUUCUCUUGCAACCAUUGACUUUACACUAUCAUCAAGCGCAGCAUCUAAUGUGAGGACCGAGAAACCCGCUACUAUCAACCCAGCUUCAAACUCGCAGAGUCCGGCUACUCCACCUCCAUCCACUGAAUCGUCACCAAAAAAAUCGCAAAAAUCUGCAAGGAUGCAGAAAGAAGAUGAGCUAAAGGUUGAUACAUCCAUUCCUCCGUACCACAAUUCGGCAUACUACUAUCCAGACACCUGCUAUUCAUUCUGCCUGCUAGACCGUUCCAUACCGAUCGCUGGGGUUAACGAAAGAGCAUACCUCUUGGAACAGCAGAAUAGAGAAUGGAGAGAUUAUUACAGAUACGAGGUCAGCCACAGAAAUUCCAGGCUUUACAGAAAGUAUAAAGAUUACUGCGAGAAUCUAAGAGGAUUGGAAGCAAGAUGUAUACCAAGGGUGACUCCAUUGAACUUUGAACCCCUACUUCCAAAUGCUUCCAAACUCUCCACAUUUGUUAAUAACCAAUAUAGCAGAUUUGAUGGUUUGGUUAAUUACCCAUACGCAUCGAACUACAACUAUCAAUCUACCGGUUAUAUGCAAGAUGUCAACUUGCUCACAAGUUCUCCCGAACUUUACAAGGGAAAAGCAAAAAAAGGCUUUUCUUUCAAGGGAGAUUUCAAGGAUCAUAAGUGUGAGCUACCACCUUUGAAACAGAUUCUUCGUAAAAACAGUUUUCAUGAGGAUACAGAGGAAUUGGAGGCUGCUUCUCCAUAUACAAGGAGUACCCCAAUUCAAAUUGCACGUCAUUCCACAGAAAGAGAAACCACUUCGAAAGCAGCACCACUGGUUGCCAAAUUCAUUAAUACAUCGUUUUCGCAAAGCUCAGAUACAGAAGACAAGCCUACAACUACUACCGUCAUAGAAUCGCCAGGUAAGAAAUCAAAGAAAUUAAAUACUCACAGACGCCAUAGCCACACAUCACACUCUCGUCGUAUCAUUAAAAAAUGUAUCUCUUGUCACUCCACUCAAUCACCAUGCUGGCGUCCUUCAUGGGCCCCGGAGGAAGGUCAGCUAUGUAAUUCGUGUGGUUUAAGAUACAAGAAGACUAGAGCAAGAUGUAUCAAUCCAAAGUGUCUUAGAAUUCCGGCAAAAGGAGAAUGGACGCUAAUGAAAAAGAGGGGAAAGGUUGACAUACCACAAUUGAACUCAGAAGGUGUUAAGAUUGGUGUUCAUCAUAACUAUAAAUGCUUACACUGUGAGGGAGAAGUGGUUGUUGAUGAGUAA